AUGUACACCAUGGCCCUCUCGCCCCUCGACGACGACGGCCCCGUCCAGCGCCAUCGCAGCGUCCGCAACCGCCAGUGCUCCGUCUAUGCCUCUCGCAUCAGGCCCGUCCUCGCCCCUCUCGCCCUUGACGGCGGCCCGCCCCCUGCCCACAUGCCCCAGGUGCCGCAGUUGCCGCCCCUGCCCGUCUCCCCUCGAUGGGACUCGCUCUCCAACGGAUCCCAUGUCAUCCACCACAGCCCCGAGUCGCCCACCAACCCGCUCGACCGCUCCUGGCCCGAGCCGCCCUCGCACCAGUUUGUCGCCUCGCCCAUGCGGCCGCUCUUUAGCCCCGUCCCGUCGGACACGCAGUCGGCUUCGGCAGACUCGCGAAGCAGCUCGCCGUUCAGGAUAAAGGGCCUGCGGCCCGAGGUGCGGUCGCCGGAUUGUGUCAUGGUUGAGAAUUUCUCGCGCCCCCGCAAGCAGAGCAUCCGCCAGCAGCCCGCCGUCCCGGAACAAUGUGCUCCGGAGGCCGCUGUGCCGUGCCUAGCGCACCUGGCGCCCACGGACCUCCUGGGCGACAUGGGCCCGUCCGCACCCCAAACGCCACCCUGGCAACGUCCCAGACGGCCCUCUGCCUCAUCCUGCCAAUCCGCCUCCACCUACUCGUCCCCCUUGGGCCCUCCGCCGACUGUUGAUUUGCCCGACCCUAGGUGUGCCCGCGCCCGGAAUGCCACCGGUCCGCCCCUGACGGCCGCCAGGCCCCCGUUCGCUGUCUCGAGCCGCACCCCCGACAGCGCCGCCUCCUCGCCAAUGAUGGGGGGUGGGGCCCCGCCGCCCUGGCUCGCCGGCGACGAGCUACGGUCCAGUUUCAGGUCCCAGCUCUCCGCAUCAACCGCUUUCGGCACGGCCGUUACAGAGCGCAGCAGCGUCCUGACAAAGGACAGUUCCAUCACCUCCCUCUACGCGAACACGGACGAGCCCAGCCUCGAAGAUGUCAUGUGCAUGUACGAAAAGGGCUUUGCGGACGAUGAGGAAGACGACAACCCAGUCGACAACCUAGACGACGGGCAAGACGACGCCAAUCGAGGCGACAGCCCACCCAACAGUCGAGGCGGCAGCCGAGUCGACAAUCGAGACAACCAAGACACCGCCUUCGGCCCCGACGACGCCAACGACGCGCCCCCCCGCGAGAUUGUGACCGUCACUCCUCCCGAAGCCCAAUCGGACGCCGCCCCCGACACACGCCCUGUCCCGGUCAUGUCGGCCUCGGACGGACAGCUCGCCGACGCGCCACCGCCCAUUCCCACGUCUCGCUCCAUGCUAGACGCCGAGAUCCGGCAGUCCAAGAUGAUUUUCUCCAGCCCCGCCUUCACCUCAUCCGUCCCCGCCCUGUCGUCCAAGGCCGAGGUCGACGAGCCCGAGAAGCGAGACUCGGGCAAGUCGCUCGACUCGGAGCCGUCCUUCUCGGACCCGGCCCUCGCCGCCGACUCCUUCAAGAAGUCCGUCGCCGUCCCUCCCUCUCUGCCCCCCUCGGCCUCGGCCACCUUUCGCGCUGCCAUGGAGCCCGAGGACCCGGGCUCGCGCGAUCGGUACGGCUUCAAGAAGCAGAACCAAUCCAUCUCGAGAGAGCAGUACGACACCUGGAACAAGGGCUACACGCAAUACCUGGCCCGCAGGCACAAGAAGUGGGUGGCCUAUCUCAAGGAGUGUGCGCUGAUGACGGACCGGCCCAAUCGUUUCCCCCCCCCCAACGCAAAGACCAAGAGGUUUGUACGCAAGGGCAUCCCUCCAGACUGGCGCGGUGCCGCCUGGUUCUACUACGCUGGCGGCCCUGCCAUCUUGGCCAAGCACUCUGGCCUCUACGAGAAGCUGCUGGACCGCGAGGUGAAGCAGGUCGACGUCGAGGCCAUUGAGCGAGACCUGCACAGGACCUUUCCCGACAACAUUCAGUUUCAGCCGUUCUCGGCGGCCGAGGACAGGUCCCCGGGAUCGCCCCCGCCCGCCGACGAGCCGCCCAUUGUCUCGUCGCUGCGCCGGGUGCUGCACGCCUUUGCCGUCUACAACCCUCGCAUCGGCUACUGCCAGAGCCUCAACUUCCUGGCCGGCCUCUUGCUCCUCUUCGUCGAGACGGAAGAGCAGUGCUUUUGGCUGCUCAACGUCAUCACCAUCAUCUACCUCCCCGGCACGCACGAGAUGAGCCUCGAAGGCUCCAAGGUCGACCUCGGCGUCUUGAUGACGGAGCUGCGCGACACCAUGCCCGCCGUGUGGGACAUGAUUGGCGGCGAGCUCGAAGGCGCCCCCGCCGGCGCGCGGCCGGGCACGGGCAAGUCGGCGCGCAAGCCGCUGCCCAUGCUGAGGCGUCGCGACCAGCCGAGCCUGUCGACGGAUCGGCUGCCGCCUAUCACGCUGUGCAUGACGGCGUGGUUCAUGAGCUGCUACAUUGGCACACUGCCCAUCGAGACGACGCUGCGCGUGUGGGACGUCUUCUUCUACGAGGGAUCCAAGACGCUGUUCCGCAUCGCCCUGGCGAUUUUCAAGAGCGGCGAGGCCGAGAUCAAGGCCGUCUCGGACCCCAUGGAGAUGUUUGGCGUGGUACAGUCGCUGCCCCGACGCAUGCUCGACGCAAACGCCCUGAUGGAGGCGUGCUUCAAGCGACGCAACGGCUUCGGGCACAUCAGCCAGGACGCCAUCGACGAGCGCCGGCAGGAGCGCCGCGAGCAGGCGCAGCUGGACCGGGCGCACCAGCUCAAGCUCAGCGGCAAGCCGGGCACGGGCGGCAACCUGACCGAGGUGGAUACGGACUCGUUCCGUCGAAAGGGCACUCUAUUUGGCAGGAAGCGAAGGGACGUGUCGAGGCCGAGAGCCGCCGAGGUCUAG